AGAAGCUUGCGUAUACUUAAGACCCUCAGAGCGAUGCCAUCUGGAGUGUUGGUAGGGUCACCGAGAGCGGUAAGGUCGAAGGCGAGGUACCAGACAAAGUGCAGCCCAGCACAACACAACCCAGGAGAAGCCCUCAACGGCAGAACAGGUGGAGGAAGCAGCGGCUGCGAAGGCGAGCGAAGUUACCACGGAGGAGGAACCCCUAGUCAUCUCGGAGCUCCUUGCCACUGGACACAGCUGCGCGGGGCCGUGACCAUGGGGCCCGCGGGCCGCGUCCUGCUGCUGGCGGCGGCGCUGCUGCGGCUGGAGGCCUGUGCCGGCGCCCGCUCCUUCCAGGUGGAUUACGCCCACGACUGCUUCCGCAAGGACGGCGCCCCCUUCCGCUACAUCUCGGGCAGCAUCCACUACGCCCGCGUCCCGCGCCCGGCCUGGCGCGACCGGCUCCUCAAGAUGUACAUGAGCGGCCUCAGCGCCGUGCAGGUCUACGUCCCCUGGAAUUACCACGAGCCGCUGCCCGGGGUCUAUGACUUCUCCGGGGACCGAGACCUGGGACACUUCCUGGACCUGACGGCAGAGCUGGGCCUCCUGGUGAUCCUGCGGCCCGGGCCCUACAUCUGCGCCGAGUGGGAGAUGGGCGGCCUCCCUGCCUGGCUGCUGUGGAAACCAGACAUUGUCCUGCGCUCCUCUGACCCAGAUUAUCUGCAGGCCGUGGAUUCCUGGCUGGACGUCCUGCUGCCCAGGAUCAAGCCCCGGCUGUACCAGAACGGAGGGAACAUCAUCAGCAUCCAGGUGGAGAACGAGUAUGGGAGCUACUCCGCCUGCGACUACGACUACCUGCGGCACCUGCUGGCCGCCUUCCGCACCCGGCUGGGGCCCGACGUGCUGCUCUUCACCACCGACGGCAACAGCGCCGCCGAGCUGCGGUGCGGCACCCUGCAGGGGCUCUACGCCACCGUGGACUUCGGGCCAGGCCCCAACGUCACAGCCGCGUUUGCCCCUCAGCGACUCUACGAACCCAGGGGACCUCUGGUGAACUCGGAGUACUACACGGGCUGGCUGGACUACUGGGGAGAGCCGCACGCCGGCAGCAGCCCCGCGCAGGUGGCUCGGGGUCUCCAGGACAUGCUGCAGCUGGGAGCCAACGUCAACAUGUACAUGUUCCAGGGGGGCACCAACUUCGGCUACUGGAGCGGUGCCGACUACAAGGGCCGCUACAAGCCAGUCACCACCAGCUACGACUACGACGCGCCGCUCUCGGAGGCCGGCGACCCCACCGAGAAGCUGUUUGCCAUCCGGACGGUCAUCGGCCAGUUCCAGCCCCUGCCUGAGGGUCCGAUGCCGCCCGCCACCCCCAAGUACGCCUACGGCCCCGUGCCCCUGCGGAAGCAGGGCGAGGUUCUGGAGCUGCUGGACGUGCUGUGCCCUGGCGGGCCCAUCCGGAGCCGGUUCCCCCUCACCUUCGAGGCCGUGAAGCAGGCUCACGGCUUCGUCCUGUACCGGACGCGCCUGCCCCGGGACGUCUGGGAUCCGGCCCCUCUGAGCGCCCCUCCCACCAGCGUCUGCGACCGCGCCUACGUGCUGCUCAACGGGGAGUACCAGGGGAGGCUGGAGCGCGACGGGCAGACGACACUGAACCUCACGGGCCAGGCUGGCGCCAGGCUGGACCUGCUGGUGGAGAACAUGGGCAGGAUCAACUUUGGUGUGAACGGCAGCGACUUCAAGGGCCUGCUCCAGAAUCUCUCCCUGGACUCGGCUCUGCUCAGCGACUGGCUGAUUUACCCCCUGGACGUGGACUCGGCCGUGACACGGGGCUGGCCCCUGCCCACCCCCCAGGCUGAGGGGAGCAGGGCCGGGCUGGGGCCAGCGCUCUACACGGGGGCCUUCCCGACCCCUGGCCUCGCCUGGGACACCUUCGUGAAGUUCCCCGGCUGGAGCAAGGGCCAGCUCUGGAUAAACGGCUUCAACGUGGGCCGGUACUGGCCGGCGCGGGGCCCCCAGCAGACGCUCUUCGUGCCCGGCUCGCUGCUGAGCGCCUCGGCCCCCAACAACAUCACCCUGCUGGAGCUGGAGGGGGCCCCCCCCAGGCCCCUCGUGCUGUUCCUGGACCGGCCCCUGCUCAACCAGACCGUCAGCGCCCAGGCUGGGACUGAGCCGCGGCCUCCCUAACACCCCCCCCAGUGCCUCCUGGGCCCCCCAGAGACGGCUGCAGCUCAGGUGCCUUUGGACAUCCUCCCCUGGCGGUGCCCAAAUCCCCUGGCUGCACCGGGUGGGGGGAGUCCUGCCAGCUGAGCAGAGCCCAGGGGCUGCGGGCUGCCCCCACCCUCACUCCCAGGGCCCCUCGCAGCCAGAGGAGCUGGACAGCCUGGCUCCCGGUGACGCAGCUGGUACUGGCUGGGGCAGGGCUGCCCAGAACGGCAUCACGGGCCCCCCGGGCCGGGCCGGCCCCCAGCGGCAGAGCCCGCGUGGAGCCCCUGGGGACGGGCAGGGACCAGUCCCAGCUGCCUGCAGCAGGCCGAGCCGAGGCCCCGCCAAAGGGAGACACGGUGUUCGCUGCCGGCAGCUUGCCCUUUAUUGCCAGGUUCGGGGUGCGUUGCGGCCGUGUGCCGGGGGCAGAGGCAGCACGGCCGGGGAGCCGGUUUCCUGCCUGCCGGCUUGUGCCCCCCAGGCUGGGCACCAGGGGUUACAUUUUAUUACCCAUUAAAAAUCUUGUGCCUUC